AUGAGCUCUGCUACUGCUGCUGAGCUCGAUGUGCGAGCAUUAGAGAAACUAAAGGACAUUUACGGAGAUCUUGCCCAAGUACCAACACUUUCCAGUGGUCGCAUUCUGAGCACGGGGAGAUUUAUUCAGGUAUCAUCAGUCUGGGACAAUCACGCUAUCUCACUCAAUAAAAGCACAAAAACUCAGAGAUCUUCAGUUCUCGAAAAAGUAGAUGGAACUAGAGAUCUGCGUUUGAUCUCUACAACAUCUAUGCCGUUAACCAGCUUCGAGUCGCAGUCGUUUGCAUAUUCACCAAGCAGUUCCCUGGUAGCGCAGCUCAUCACUAUACCUGAUGGAAAGGAUAAGAAGCAAUAUCUUAGGGUUUUCGAUCAAAACGAGCACAUUGAAGUAUUAUGUUCUGAUCUCAGUGGUCAAAAGAAACAUGGACUCAUUUAUGGAAUGGGUGCAGGUUCGUUUUUCCUCAUGCUAUUGUCGCAGUCGUUUGCAUAUUCACCAAGCAGUUCCCUGGUAGCGCAGCUCAUCACUAUACCUGAUGGAAAGGAUAAGAAGCAAUAUCUUAGGGUUUUCGAUCAAAACGAGCACAUUGAAGUAUUAUGUUCUGAUCUCAGUGGUCAAAAGAAACAUGGACUCAUUUAUGGAAUGGGUGCAGGUUCGUUUUUCCUCAUGCUAUUGUUCGUCAGUACUCAAGGCCACAAAUUCCAACCAAGAAAGGACGCUAUGCAGAUGCCAAGUCCAUUAACCGAUGCUUCUAUCAAUGUCUCUUUAUAA